CAGUCGAAAAUCAAAAUCGAAAUAGAAACGUCAAUUUUGAUAAGACGAACGCUGAUAAAUUCUUUGCCGACCAUAUUUUCGAAUGAAUUUGAAAUUUAUUUUAUUCGAAUUUCGAUUAUGGUAUAACUUUCAGUUGUCAUCUCAUUCAGAAUGGCUGGUGUUUGCAGUGACAUAAUUGAAGAUAUAGAAGAUUUAAUUUCAUCUCAAGAGAUAAGUCCAAAAGCACGUUACAGCUUUAGAAAAAAUGUAACUCUUAGAGCAGUCAAGAAAAAGCAAAAAACUGUUGAAACUGCGGAACCGCAAGGAUACCAGUGUGAUAGUAUCAUUCCGGGUACUCAAACUAUUUUUAUAAAAACCUGGGGAUGUACUCACAAUACUUCAGAUAGUGAAUAUAUGGCUGGUCAGAUUCAGUCCUUUGGAUAUAAAUUAACAGAUGAAAAGGAAAAAGCUGACUUAUGGCUUCUGAAUAGCUGUACUGUCAAAAAUCCUGCCGAAGAUCAUUUCAGGAAUGAUAUUCAGUUAGCCCAAAAACUCGGCAAAUAUGUUGUAGUAGCCGGUUGCGUGCCACAAGGGGCGCCGAAGUCAAAUUAUUUGAAAGGUCUUAGCAUUAUUGGUGUUCAGCAAAUUGAUCGUGUAGUUGAAGUUAUUGAAGAAACAAUCAAAGGAAAUUCUGUUCGAUUAUUUGGCCAGAAAAAACAAGAUGGAAAGAAACUGGGAGGUGCUUCUUUGGAUUUACCUAAAAUAAGAAAAAAUCCAUUGAUCGAGAUCAUACCCAUUAAUACCGGUUGUCUCAAUCAGUGUACAUAUUGUAAAACAAAACAUGCUCGUGGAAAUUUGGGAAGUUAUUCUCCAGAGGAAAUCGUAUUACGAGCUAAACAGUCGUUUGAUGAAGGAGUUGUUGAAUUAUGGUUGACUAGCGAAGACACAGGUACCUAUGGACGAGACAUAGGUGUCACGUUACCCGACCUCCUUUGGAAAAUAAUAGAAGUUAUUCCAGAGAAGUGUAAAAUGCGCAUUGGAAUGACUAAUCCACCUUACAUUCAAGAAUAUCUAUCGGAAAUAGCUAAAAUUCUUUCUCAUCCGAAAGUUUAUAGUUUUCUACAUAUUCCUGUCCAAUCUGGCAGUGACGCUGUUCUCGGUGAUAUGAAAAGAGAGUAUUCAAGAGAAGAAUUUGAAAAUGUGGUCGAUACGUUGAGAAAGAAUGUGCCUGGCAUCACUAUAGCUACUGAUAUUAUUUGCGGAUUUCCAACGGAAACGGAAGAAGAUUUUGAAGAAACAAUGACGCUGUGUGAAAAGUAUAAAUUUCCAUCUCUUUUUAUUAAUCAGUUUUAUCCACGUCCUGGCACACCGGCUGCUCGUAUGGCCAAGAUACCACCUGCUCAAGUGAAAAACAGAACGAAGAGAUUGACCGAAUUAUUUCAGUCUUAUGAAACAUAUUCUCACAAAGUAGGAGAAAUUCAAGAAGUUUUAAUUACGGAGGAAGCGAAUGAUAAUGUUCAUUAUGUUGGACAUAAUAAAUUUUACGAACAGGUUCUCGUUCCCAAAAGUUCAAAUCUAAUGGGGCAGUACAUUAAAGUUCGGAUUGUAUCGACAAAGAAACACUGUUUAAUAAGCGAGAUCUUAGAUGACCAGUCAACUUUCAAUUCAGUCCCCAAAAAUGUGGAAUCGAAGACGAAACAACAUGUCACAUCAUUAUACCCUAUAUUGUUUUUAUUCUUCGUUGUUUUAGUGAAGUUGUUAUGGUUUUUAUUCGUUUAACACGAUCUUUACUUCUUA